AUGGCCUGGACUCCUCUGCUCCUCGCGCUCCUCCUCUCUCACUCAGGGUCUCUCUCCCAGGUUGUGGUGACUCAGCCGCCCUCCCUCUCUGCAUCUCCGGGAGCCUCAGCCACACUCACCUGCACCGUGAAACGUGGCGCCAAUGUUGGCGUCUAUAACAUAAUCUGGUAUCAGCAGAACCUAGGGAGCCGUCCCCGAUACCUCCUGAGAUAUAAAUCAGACUCUGACAAGCACCAGGGCUCCGGGGUCCCCAGCCGCUUCUCUGGAUCCAAAGACGCCUCGGCCAAUGCGGGGCUCCUGACCAUCUCGGGGCUGCAGCCUGAGGACGAGGCCGAGUAUUACUGCGCUGCAGAACAUGGCA